AUGGUUAUCUAUCAGCACGUCACAUGCACGAGCAUGAUCAUGGUCGGUGCGUUCUGUGUUCGGUGGUUGGCAUGUGCCCAGGCACCAUUGCUACCUCAGAAACAUCUACAUGUCUUCAUUGAGCACUCCCAAGCACAAUCGGUACUCGCUCGGCUGCAUCUGCCGUUCAUGUGCCGGGACAAUGCCCCUGGACAGGCGAAGGGCAUGCGUACAUCAUGCGUCGUGGUGGAUGACGACGAGGAUGCUGACAGCAUGUUAGGCCUAGUCAACUUUGGCGGAAGUGGCGGAAGUGAAUCUGCGUCUGCGGGCGAUCGUGGCAGCGUCGGUGCUGACAGCCUGGGCCGCGGCGGCUCGAGCAUUGAUCUUGACUUGGACUUGGAUGACUUGGAGGUGCGAUCGGAUUCAUUGAGUGCCGGUGGUAGUGGAAGCAACAACAGCAACAACGGCCGAGAACCGCUGGCAGACUUGGCGCUGGUCAGGUUUCAGGAUUCGCAAGGUUCGCAAAGCUUACAGGAUCCACAGCAACAGUCGCAGCAGGCGGUUGUUCCGUUUGACAACAUCCACCACAACAACCCCAGACGCUGGACAGCAACAGCACUGAAAGAGCUACGUCGCCAAGACUACGAAAACAUGCCACCGCAACAAUGCGCAUUUGUUGCUUUCAAAGCAUCGGCUGCACUGCAACAGCAUCUUGCAAAGUGCCAGGAGCAAGCAAAGCAGAUCAGAAUGCUGAAGCGGAUCAACCAGCGACAGGAGAGCAUCAUCAAGAAAAAGCAAAAAGUGCUGGACGAAGAACAGGCUAGGAAGUCAAGCCUUGAGAUCGUGCCCAUAGGCAAAACUGGCAAACGAAUGUCAGUGCAGAGUGCAUUUGCCAUCGGUGUGCGACGAAACCUCUCCAACAUCGCGGCCGCUGACUUCGGAGCUACGAUCCUGACAGACGUGAGCCAGCAGCGUGUCACGAGGUCAGAGCUCAAGACAGCAGCGGCACUGCUGUGCAAGAUGAGGUCAACUUGUGUGUCGGUUGUGAACUCGUCGCAGCAUGGUGAAGAAGAUGUGGAGUUUGGCGAGAUCCAUCCGAAAAUGGAGCACGAGUGGCGGCUGUCAGCGAUUUCCAUGAGAUGUGAUGCAACCAACAGCUCCAUCUGGAAGAGAGAGAAGCUUCAUGUUCUCGAUGUUGACUUUGCCUGGGUCGAAGACUUCGCUGCUGUUCGCAAGUUCGACGCCGAUAAGGUCGUCAAUGAGCUGCGAAAAGAGCUUCUCAAACUGAACUCAGCACCACUGGAGGGCAUGGUUUGUGCGGGGCAUCCUUCCAUAUCGCGGUGUCAUGUGUUCAUGUACAUGGAUGUCACGGACAAGGGCUCGGACCAGUCCUGUCGAAAACGCUGCACUAGCGAAGCCAUCACUGCAGCUGGAUGCCCCAACCUCAUCUAUUUACCAGGAAUAUGUUACCUGCACAUGUUCAACGCCAGCGUGAAAAAUGGCCUUGAGCUCGUUGACGAGAUGCUCAACGCAUUGUUCAGCAAACAGGUGCUAGCUGGUUUCACGAAGUAUUUCGGGUCCGUCAGCAAAGACGUCAACUGUUGGCGGGAGAAGGCGGCGGAAAUCAUGAUGUCCUGGGAUCAGGCGUUCAAGGACUCGGACCUUGAUACCUUGAAACUCGGGCGACGGUAUCCCCUGUCGGUAGUCAGUGGACGUUGGGGCUCCAUCGAAAGCGCAGAGGACUUCCUACUCUUGCGUGGGAAGGACCGAGUUGUGCCGGUCCUUCUCGCAGCGCUCAGCAAGCACAUGCGAGCUGACACGGCAGCACCCGAAUCACGUGACACCAACAUGGACUUGAAUCCAGACGCCGCAGACGAUACUGCUGCAUACCGGCUGAAGCUAUCCAAAUGGUACAAGGGAACGGUAGACGCGAUCAGUCACCCUAUCUUUUGGUUCCUGUUGACAAUCUGCCGUUGUUUCCGUGGGCCUAUGAGACAUUUCUUCCACUUUGUGCAGCAACAAGCACAGCGCAACAAUGCUGGCGAAGUCAUGAAACAACUGGUGACUGGCAAGCUGGAUGCUCUCCAUGAUGAGUACAGGACUUUGCACAACAACAUGAACGAAAUCAUAGCAAGAGCUAUCGAGCUGUCAGGUUGCGACAAGCUGUUUCAGCAGGACCCAGACGGUUUGCAGUCACUAGACCUGAUGGCUAGGUAUCCGAUGAAAUUGCUGUGGCUGCUGAAAGAGAACCCCUUGAAGUAUUGUGAAAAGCGUCGAGGAGUAGCAGAUGAAGUUCUCAAGCUGGGAAACUUGGAUGCUGCCACCAACAGUAUCAGAGCACUUUGCAAGCAAGAGCUCGUGAGGCUGAGUCGGACUGGCCGUUUUGAAAGAGAUCACACUGCGGAUCACGGCAGCUUGUUGUGGAGUAUCAUGGUCAUGAUGUCGCGGUUCUUCUAUGCCGAGACUCAAGCCAUUGAGGGACUCAACAGCAUAGUUAAGCUGUUGGGUCGCCGCUGCCCCAACAUCACCUUGGAGCUGUUGAGCAGUCGGCUUUGCAUCAAAAAGAUGAUCGGCCAGGCAGACGGCACCACAGGAUGUCGCAAGAAGUGGUCCGUCGUCAAGGCACUGGUGGAACGAGAAGUUGCAGAGCUGACAGGCUUUGCAACUUUGAGUUUGCCAAUCCUCGCAGACUCUUCGCGAUGGGCACCUGCAUUGCCCGCCUCGUUCACAGUGGCAGAUCAAGGUAGCCGACAGCCAGAACCGCUUUGUGACAUCAUGCAUCCGGAGCCCGUCGACGGCCAGGAUCUCGCGCAGGUUUUGUCAACCGAAGCCAUCACGUGGGCCAAGUCAUACAAUCUUGGAUGGAAGUGGACGACGGGCGGUGGCAGGCGCAAGUCCAAGAAGGCAGCUGCGGCCAAAAUCAAGCAAGAACAUUCCUUGGCAGGAUUUGGGGUCGCAAUUCUUCCAACACCAGAUGGUCAGGACAUGGCAUUCUACUUGGCAGCCGACUACUUCUCCCACAGUGUUUCGUUCACUAGGCUGAGCAAGUGUCGGCGGCAGGUGGAUGGCAUUGGUGUGACAGACUGCUUGCGGUGGGAACAUGACGGCUCUAGGUAUGCAGACACGGUCGAAUCGACUCUUUUGUUUGCGAAGUACUUCGAUUCUUGCUCCAAGCAAUCCAAGACGGUGACGGUAAGGGCGGCAUUCUUGAAUCGUAGUGGGUGUCAUCAGCUCUUCGGGAAUCCUGGAUGGUUGCCAGUUCACAAAGUUAUGGCAGAGUCCACGGUCCUGUUUGAGAUGACUUCGAUCAUCAUGAAAGGCUGCCCGGCACCGGCACCCAGGCCGCGGCAGCCAAAGCCGGGGCGGUCCACACCAGCCAUCGCGGAAGGUGAAGGUGACGCUGAUGCCCGGUACAUGGCAGCGGAUGCCCCAGAGCCAUAUGACACUGAUAGCUCCGAGGAGGAUGCAGAGGCUUGUGAUGAUGGGGCCAGUGCAGCCUCUGCAGCACAGGCACUCUCGGAGCUAUCAGUGUCUAUGGGGCCUGGUGCAUCCUCAUCCUCCAAGCCAUCAUUAGAUGCUGUGGCCCGAAUCGCUGAGCAAGUGGCGGACGCUGGUUGCACUGCACCUGCUGCCGAAAUGCAGGAAGAAGCGUUGCUGCUGCUGGUCCGACAGCGGAACGCAUCCAAAAAAGCAUCGGCAACCGGUGAACCAGUCAUCGAGGGCGUCGGUGAUUCAACUUCAGCUGUGUUUGUGGCUGCAGACCCGAACGAGAUUGCUGACGAAGCUGUGAGCAGUGACAGUGAUGAGUCCACUGGAGGCCGAGAUGCAGAUGGACAUGGACAGGGUUCUUCUUCUCAUGUUUGCGUUGACUUCGAACCAGUGCAGCCGGCGUUUCACAGGCUUGGGCUUCUGGCUGUCUUCGAACCCUGCGUGCCCUUUGUGAUGUACAUGCUCUGCAAGUGGAGCAUGAGUUGGGCUGUGACCGCUCUCUGA